CAUCCUUCCAUCCAUCGAUCGAUUGAUCUAUCCACUCACUCAUCCAGUCACUCAUUCAUCCACUCACUCACUCAUCCAUUCACUAGCUUAUUCAAUCACUACUCACCCAUCUAUCCACCCAUUCACUCACUCAUCCACUUACUCAUCUAUCCAUCCAUCCAUCCACUCACUCAUCCACUGACUCAUACAUCCAUUCACUAA